UCUGUGAUUGUGGUUUGGAAUGGAUACAGAGUUUUAUUAGACAAUUCAGUUUGGAUUUGUUUGGUUGAAUAGUUUUUUUACGGACAAAUUCCAAAUAUUGUUUUCUGUGAAUAAUAGUUUGAUAUAUUAAUUUAGUUAUAGAGUUGAUUGUCCAAACUGAGAAUCGAAGAAAUUUAAAUAUACGUUGUGAGUGAGUAACCUGUAAUUUAAGAUCGAGAUGGCUAAUGAAAUUGAGCAAGAUCCUCAAGAUGGAUUAUACGGUCUAUGUAUCUUCGGAGCUGAACACUUAACAGAUGACGAGGUUGUGAAAAUGUGUAAUAAGUUUGGGGCAGUUGUGAGGUGUAACAGAAGUAAAAACUUAGUGUUUAUUCGCUACGCCAAGAGAGAGGAAGCAAUCGCUUGCUUAAACUCAGACCAGCUACCGUUCCAAGUAAGAACUGCAACAAGAAAGAAGAAUAGGAACGUAACACGGCCCACUCGAUACAGCAAUAGAGACAGUGUGGGCAGCUCGAGAGACUCAAGCUGGAAGAACAAUGACGGUGAUUUUCAUAAGAGGAGGAGUGAUGGAGACUCCCAUCACAGAGGUGGUGGUGGCAGCAAUGACGGUGAUUUUCACAAGAGGAGGAGUGACGGAGACUUCCAUCACAGAGGUGGUGGUGGCAGCAAUGAUGGUGACUUUCACAAGAGGAGGAGUGAUGGAGACUUCCAUCACAGAGGUGGUGGUGGCAGUGGUGACAACUUUGAUGUGGGGAGGCCUAUGCCUGACCUCGUGCCAGUUAUCAAGAAUGAGAACGGAAACUUGGCACCAACACACCAAGUGCUGAUCGGAAACUUGCCACACAGAAUGAACCAGUGCGAUGUGUAUGAGUUCUGCCAGCGGUGCAAAACCAGUCCGAUCCACGUCGAGAUGAAGACUAUGAACUACCCACCUAACCCUUUGAUACGAUAUGCUGAAGUGUAUGUCAAGACGGAGAGAGACGCCGAUAACAUAGUGGAAGCACUGAACAACUUGGGGAUAAGUGAUCACCAACUGGUGGUCUGGCGGCCACAGUGAAAGGGCCAAGAGAGGGAGAAGAACUCGCUGUUACGAAACGUCAUUUCAUCUGAUUUAAGUUUUUGUUUUUGAAACAGUGUUGAUUAUUUCGUUAAUUAUAUAUAGGUAAUUAAAUUCCAUAAAAAUAUUAUCUGAGUUUUUAUGAAGGAAAAAUAUAGAGCAGUAAAUGUUUUGUAGCAGAAUAUUUUAUUCGGCAAUUUAUUUGUUUUUAGAGAGUUUUACAUUGAUUUUUGUAAGUGUUAUCAAAUAUAUUUUAACUUGUAAAUCAUUAUAUUACUAAUGAUUUUGGGCACAACUAUAAGUAUUGUGUUACUGGAUAUAUUGUAUUUUUAGUUUUAACAUUAUCACAAUCUUUGAGUGACGCAAUCACCAAUUUAUUUUCAAAUAAUGUGACGUCAAUAGGUUUUUGCGGUUGAUUUUAAGUUUCUUUUUUAGGUUUAGCGUUUCAAGUUAUAUUGUACUGAUGUUCAUGUAAACGUUUUCUAUAUCAUUCAGUGGCUUUUGGACAAAAAUCUGAACCGAAAGAAAAAAACAACGAAAAAGACGAUAAUCCUACCCUCUGUCGUAAUCGUUAUUUGUACCGGUUCAUAUGUUAUGCUUUCUCUGCCACUACUUUUUUUAAAACAUAAAUUGAACAAAUCAAUUUAAAAUAGUGUGUGAAAUGGUGUGUUUCAUGUAAUAUAUUGUUACUGCGGAAAGUAAACACAUUCUUAGUGUAACGUAAUUGAGACUAUCAGCUAGCACUGGUAUGUUACAACAGGGUUAAGUAAUGUUGUAAUGGUCCUUUCGUAAUGACUUAGUGUUAAGUACUUUUUUUGUUACCUGAUGUACGUAGUUAACCAUGAUCCUUAUAUCUGUUAAACUGUUGAGUAUUUUUGAUAUCAGUGAUAAGCUAUUUUGUACAAUUAAAUACCUUAUUUCACUUU